AGGGCUGUGGAGACAGAACUCGGGACCACCAGCUUGCACUAUGCCCACCCCCAGCGCCCCCUCGCCACAGCCCAAGGGCUUCAGAAGGGCCGUCUCCGAGCAGGAUGCCAAGCAGGCCGAGGCUGUCACGUCCCCAAGGUUCAUCGGACGGCGACAGAGUCUCAUUGAGGAUGCCCGCAAGGAGCGGGAGGCGGCGGCAGCUGCAGCGGCAGCAGCGGUAGCCUCCUCGGAACCUGGGAACCCACUGGAGGCUGUGGUAUUUGAGGAGAGGGAUGGGAAUGCUGUUCUCAACCUGCUCUUCUCCCUGAGGGGUACAAAACCCUCCUCCUUGUCUCGGGCUGUAAAAGUAUUUGAGACAUUUGAAGCCAAAAUUCACCACUUAGAGACCCGGCCUGCCCAGAGGCCACUGGCAGGAAGCCCCCACCUGGAGUAUUUUGUGCGCUUCGAGGUGCCCAGUGGAGACCUGGCUGCCCUCCUCAGCUCUGUGCGUCGGGUGUCUGACGACGUGCGCAGUGCCAGAGAGGACAAGGUUCCCUGGUUCCCAAGAAAAGUGUCGGAAUUGGACAAGUGUCACCACCUGGUCACCAAGUUUGACCCUGACCUGGACCUGGACCAUCCGGGCUUCUCUGACCAGGUGUAUCGCCAGCGCCGGAAGCUGAUUGCAGAGAUUGCCUUCCAGUACAAGCACGGUGAACCAAUUCCCCACGUGGAAUACACAGCGGAAGAGAUUGCUACCUGGAAGGAGGUAUAUGUCACGCUGAAGGGCCUCUAUGCUACCCACGCCUGCCGGGAGCACCUGGAGGGUUUCCAGCUUCUGGAACGGUACUGUGGCUACCGAGAGGACAGCAUCCCACAGCUGGAGGACGUGUCCCGCUUCUUGAAGGAGCGGACUGGCUUCCAGCUGCGACCCGUGGCCGGUCUACUGUCCGCCCGUGAUUUUUUGGCCAGUCUGGCCUUCCGUGUGUUUCAAUGCACCCAGUAUAUCCGCCAUGCCUCCUCACCUAUGCAUUCACCUGAGCCGGACUGCUGCCAUGAGCUGUUGGGACAUGUACCCAUGUUGGCUGACCGCACAUUUGCCCAGUUCUCCCAGGACAUUGGACUUGCAUCUCUGGGGGCCUCAGAUGAAGAAAUUGAAAAACUCUCCACGGUGUACUGGUUCACUGUGGAAUUCGGGCUAUGUAAGCAGAAUGGGGAGCUGAAGGCUUACGGUGCAGGGCUGCUGUCUUCCUACGGAGAGCUCCUGCACUCCCUGUCAGAGGAGCCUGAGGUCCGGGCCUUUGACCCAGACACAGCAGCUGUGCAGCCCUACCAAGAUCAAACCUACCAGCCUGUGUACUUUGUGUCCGAGAGCUUCAACGAUGCCAAGGACAAGCUCAGGAACUAUGCCUCUCGUAUCCAGCGCCCAUUCUCUGUGAAGUUUGACCCGUACACACUGGCCAUUGACGUACUGGACAGCCCUCACACCAUCCGGCGCUCCUUGGAGGGGGUCCAGGAUGAGCUGCACACCCUGGCCCAUGCACUGAGUGCCAUUAGCUAAAUGCAUAGGGUACCACCCACAGGUGCCAGGGGCCUUUCCCAAAGUCUCCAUCCCCUUCUCCAACCUUUCCUGGCCCAGAGGCUUUCCCAUGUGUGUGGCUGGGCCCUUUGAUGGGCUCCUCUUGGACCCCCCUCCUCCCAACACUGCUUCUCAACCAUGUCUUACUACUGCAUGCACUCCAGGGUGGUCCUGCAUUCCUCCUGCCCUCCAUGCUCUAUACUACCCUGAUUAUUCUCUCAAUAAAGGAAGGAAAGGUCUCCA